GUCACUCUCACACAUUUUGACCCUCUUCCCUUUUAAUUAAUUACAUAUCUUCCAAUUCACACCCACAUUUAUACUCUCAAUCCCUAAAAAUCUCUGAUACAAUACAAUCUGCUUCAUUUGUGUAUGUAUAAUUGAAUUGCUUCUACAGUUAGGGUUUUUGUGCUGAUUAAUGGGUGUCGAAAGUGAGUCUACUCAAACCGCCGUUGACGGUGCCGAUGCAGAGAUCAACCUCAACAUCCGAUGCUCCAACGGCAACAAGUUCUCCGUUCGAUCCACCCUCCGAUCAACCAUCGUCGAAUUUAAAGAUCUUUUGGCCCAAAACUGCGAUGUUCCGGCUAAUCAACAGCGCUUGAUUUAUAAAGGAAGAAUCUUGAAGGAUGAUCAAACCCUAGACAGUUAUGGUCUGCAGGCGGAUCAUACGAUUCAUAUGGUGCGAGGUUCUGCGCCAGCACCGACUCCUGCUGCGCCUCAAGGUAGUGGUCCGAAUGAAGGGGUUGGGUUAGGUGGUGCGGGGACCGGCGCACCAUUAUUUCCCGGGCUUGGUUCGGGUGGACUUAGGAGGAAUGCUGUGUCAGAACUCUUUGAGUCUGGACUUCCGGAAUUUGAACAAGUUCAAGAGCAGCUAGCUCAACAUCCUGAAAUUAUGAUAGACAUGAUGAACAUGCCAUCGGUUCAAACCUUACUGAACAACCCAGAAAUCAUGCGUGGCAUGAUCAUGAGCAAUCCGCAUAUGCGUGAGAUAAUUGAUCGUAAUCCUGAACUUGCGCAUAUUCUUAACGACCCUGCGAUUCUUAGGCAAACGCUUGAAACCGCAAGGAAUCCGGAACUUAUGCGUGAAAUGGUGCGGAAUACUGAUAGGGCUAUGAGUAAUAUCGAGUCGUCUCCUGAAGGUUUUAAUAUGCUUCGACGGAUGUAUGAAAAUGUUCAAGAACCGUUUUUGAAUGCUACGACAACGGGUGGGAAUGAUACCGGGUCGAACCCGUUUGCAGCUUUGCUUGGGAAUCAGGGUGCUGUGAACAAUCCUUCAGCAACUGGUUCGGAAACAACUCCAGGGUCUGCGGCUCCUAAUUCUAACCCGCUUCCCAACCCUUGGGGUGGUACUACUGGUGGGGCUCAGACAAAUGCUGGUACCAGAGCACCAAACGUAUCCGGGUUGGGUGGACCUGGUCUACCCGGUUUAGACCGCCCAACGGGUAUGCCAGACAUGAGUCAGCUAAUGCAAAAUCCCGCUAUUUCUCAGAUGAUGCAAAGCUUGCUUUCCAACCCUCAGUAUAUGGAGCAGGUCGUGAGCCAAAACCCUCAACUACGCGCUAUGUUUGAUGCUAACCCUCAGUUAAGAGAGAUGAUGCAGAAUCCCGAAGUACUUCGUCAGUUAACUUCACCUCAGAUGAUGCAGCAAAUGAUGUCUUUACAGCAGCUUCUACCUCAGCUUAACCAACAGCAAUCUGCUUUGGACCCUACUCAGACAGGUGCUGCUACAGGAGCGCAAAACAAUAUGGGGCUUGACUUGUUGAUGAAUAUGUUUGGUGGACUUGGAGCUGGUGGUUUAGCUGUUCCAAAUGUGCCCGAUGUGCCACCGGAACAACUUUAUGCGACUCAACUGUCACAGCUUCAAGAAAUGGGCUUCUUUGAUACCCAAGAAAACAUCAGGGCGUUGCGUGCUACUGCAGGCAAUGUUCAUGCUGCCGUUGAGAGGCUUUUGGGAAACUUUGGCCCGUGACAACGUGGAGUUGUUUUCUUCUAUUUAAAGACAGCUAAUAUGAGUCCGUUUUUACAGUAUUCUUUUUUAGACAUAGGGAGGCAUGUGGAUUUUCGUUAGCCCGUGUGUGUGUGUGAUGAAGUAGAAAAGAUUACUUUUGUUACUUGCACCGGUGGAAAACCGGCCUUCCUCCCUUAAGCAAACCUUUUGGUGUUUACUGUACACACAAAUUUGAUAGCUCAUUGCUGUUUUAUCAUGUUCCUUGAAAGAUUGCUUAUGUAUGCACCGCUGGAAAACCAGCCCCCCUUAAGCAAA